AUGAGUAUGAAUGUUCAUCAAGAGAAACCUCAAAAAUCUAGUGGUAAAAAGUUCUUCGAGUGGGCAUCAAAGUGUUUUUAUGAAUACCGAGAUCCAGAAAAAUGGAUAAAAGAUAUGAAGACUAGCAUUGGCAUAGCAGUUUCUAUAACCGCAACUAUAACAUUUUCACUCGGCACAAAUCCACCUGGUGGCGUCGUGCAAGUCAGUAAGAACGAUAUUCCCUUUUCCACAAACCAUACAUUUUGUUCGUUUCAGAAGCCAUAUCAUAUAUGCGCUGGAGAAGCUAUCAUGGCUACUUCAAAAAGCGGCGAUUAUCUUGCAUUUUUGGUAUGCAAUUUAAUUUGUUUCAUUUCAUCACUUAGUGUUCUUUUCUUUCUUGUUAGUGGAAUUCCUAUACGUAAAACAGUUCUAAUAUGGCUUUUGUCUUUUGGAAUGUGUGUCACACUCACAAGUCUUGCUCUUACCUACUUAUUUGCUGUUUUUAUGGUCACACCAGACGCCAUUUGGAAUAAUCUUUUAGAUAGUGUGUUUGGUUUAUCUGUUGUUAUUUGGGCUUCGUCUGUUGUACUUCUUGCUGCUUUUUUCAUUCUUCGACCUAUUGUGAGGGGUGUCCAUAAAGUUUGCAACUGUAUGGGGUGUCAAUAA